GCUGCGUCAUAAUUGCACGCACGCCCUCAGCUUAGACGUCAGCUGCUUGCGCCUGUGUGGUGGGGUAUUGCGUGGAGGUGGUUGUACUGUACGAAAUUAAGUACAAGUAAAUAUACCAUACCCAAGAACACUAUAUUGUGAACUGUAUCUUAUUCACACUCAUCAUGAAUCCCGAAUACGACUACCUGUUCAAGCUACUGCUGAUUGGCGACUCUGGCGUCGGCAAGUCAUGCCUGCUCCUGCGGUUCGCUGACGACACGUACACAGAGAGCUACAUCAGCACGAUUGGCGUCGACUUCAAAAUCCGCACGAUAGAGCUGGAGGGCAAGACGAUCAAGCUGCAGAUCUGGGACACGGCCGGCCAGGAGCGCUUCCGCACCAUCACCUCGUCCUAUUACCGCGGCGCGCACGGCAUCAUCGUCGUCUACGACUGCACCGACCAGGAAAGCUUCACCAACGUCAAACAGUGGCUGCAGGAGAUCGACCGCUACGCCUGUGACAACGUCAACAAGCUGCUGGUCGGCAACAAGUGCGACCUGGCCGCCAAGAAGGUGGUCGACUUCACCACGGCCAAGGAGUACGCCGACCAGCUGGGCAUACCGUUCCUGGAGACGUCGGCCAAGUCGGCCACCAACGUGGAGCAGGCGUUCCUGACCAUGGCCUCCGAGAUCAAGGGCCGGAUGGGGCCGCAGUCGGCGGCCGAGCAGGGUGGCGGCCGCGUCCAGAUCCAGGAGGGCCGGCCGAUCGAGGCCAACAAGAGCGGCUGCUGCUGAGCCGCGGCGCUUAGGUAAAUGGCCGACUGGCGAGACCGACCCGAGGCGGAGCCGCACGCCGCCCGCCGCGCUCGGCCCCCACGCCGCUAGGGCCACCCCCAGGCCCGCCACGGCCCUCUGCAGACGUGCACACGCACGACUCCACAUGGACACACACACACACACGCACGCGUGCGCGCGCGCAGGAGACGGUGGCACGCCCGGCGUUCCCCUUCCACCCAACCCAGCCAACGAGACACCGCGCACCCAUACAUUAGAUAGCCCCCCCCCCCCCCCCGACGCAGCACACCCAUCACCGGCACACAGUGGGUAUGCACUUGGAAACGGACAGGCAGGUUUGCUUCGCAUGUAGAGGCGCAUAGUACAUGCGGGCUGAAAUAAACAUUUACCUUGUUUCCCGGCCGCACACACACACACGCGCACACACGUGCGCGCACACACGCGCGCGCACACACGCGCGCGCACACACAUACACACACACACACAUA